AUGCAACAAAGGACAACGCCACAACAUGAACAUGGUAAUACACAGCAAACAUUUGAACUACCUCCUGCUGCUAAGCUUAGCAUGGCUGAUCAAAAGCUUUUGAAGGAUUUUCAUAAAAGGAUGGAUAAGCUUCAACAUGUUGUUUGUCCUGUUUGUAAUGAAAGUUGUCCAUCAAUAGUGCUUGUAAAAGGAAAAUGUCAACGGUGCUAUAGUGAAAAGAUCAUGCCUAAUAAAUUUUCCGCAGAUAACAAUAUGGACCCAGGAGACAUUCCAGAAGAACUUCAAGACCUCACAGAGAUUGAAGAAAUGCUUAUUGCAAGAGCCUUCACUGUAAUGUCCAUAUACAGAUUACGUGGCGGUCAGUAUGGAUAUAGAGGAAAUGUUGUAAAUUUUCCUCAGGAUAUAUGUGAGUUUGCAACACGGCUUCCACGGCAUCCCAUUGUCAUUGGAAGUUCUAAUCAUACAACGCCAUUCUGCUAUGAUUUAACAGCAUUCCGAGAUUUCACUGUCCGUCGGGCAAAAGUUGCCUGUGCAUUACGUGAAGAACUUGCUAUUAAAAGCACACUUAAUCGAAUACAAUUUGAAAAUCCACCCAUGACAUGGCCACAGAUUGACAAUAGUCCUAUAAAUGAGUUCCAAACCCCAGGUUAUAUUGCAAUGGCAUUCCCAACAUUAUAUCCAACUGGAAAAGCAGAUCUUCAUGCAGAACAUAUUAGAGAUAUAAAGCCAGCAGAAUACUUCAAGCACCUGCUUAGAUAUAAGGAUGGAAGAUUUGGACAACACACCUGUUGGCGUUACUUUGCAUUGAAUUCUCAGAUGCGAUGGCAGGCAUUGCAAGAAGGGAAAAUAUAUGUUAAGCAAAACUUAAAUGAUGAUGAACUUACUGUUAAUGACAUCCAAGAGAGAAUUGCAACAGGUGAUAAACACAUGGCUGAUUGGAUAAUGCAGUAUGGUCAUGGCAAUUCUGGAUGGCACGGAGAUUUAAUGCCAGAAAGAAAUACAAAAAAAAAUGAAUACACAAAAUGUUAUCAUACAAACCUUGUUGAUAAUCCACAUGUUGCUGCUUGGUUUUUUAAUGAAAGGUUUGAAAAAUUUUUCAAUCAUGUGCUAAAGAAACAUUGGAAUCUGGAAGAUUGGUGGUACAGAUUUGAAUGGCAACAUCGUGGCAGUGUCCAUGUACAUGGUAUUGGAAAGAUAAAACAUGGACCAACAAUUGAAUGGGAAAAAAUAAAAGAUGAUGAGAAUGCAAUGAAUGAGAUAGUCAAAUAUGCUAAUAGUCUAGUUACCACAAUUAAUCCAGGGAUUAAUGCACCUAUUCCAAACCGCCAUCCAUGCCAGAAGAAUCAUAGUGAGCUGCAAGAUGAUUUGCAAGAUUAUAUUGAUCUAAUUAAUAAGCUGCAGCGACAUACCAGAUGUAGUCCUUCUUACUGUAUUCACCUUAAUCAAAAGGAGAACAGAUAUGUAGGUUCAAAUAUCCUAAAGAAAAGUCAGAUUACACAUUUGUGCAUGAUGAUAGCCAUGGCAGACCAGAACUUGUAA